AUGAUAUUGAUAAACGAUGUGAAAUAUUCAUGUAUGGAGUGUAUAAGAGGUCACAGGUCAUCCACAUGCAAACAUCACGACCGACCUCUACUACAAGUCAGAUCCAAAGGUAGGCCUGGUGUCUACGCUAAUGGAAACCCAAACCAUCGAGUGGCUGUAUUUGCUGAAGAGAUUGCUCCACCACCCAAAGAAGCUACAGAUUCAGAAGACGGGUCCAUCGAAACACCACCUUUAUCGGAGCCAUGGAAAUCAUGCAAGUCCCAGCCAAUAGUUAUACUAAAAGCUUCGUCGAAGCAGGUGAUAGACUUGAGCAAUGGAGAAAUAGUGGGGCCAUACGACGAGUCGAAAGCUACAAAAAGCACAGUUGAAAAACCGCCUCCACAACAACCAGUCAUUAACGACGAAAGCUUUAUCAUAUCGUCGGGAUGCUGUGCACCAAAAGUGUCAAAACGCACGGGCUGUGGUUGCUGUGGCAACAAAAAGAAAGACAUAAACAAGUCAAAAAUAUUACAAAAGUAUAUCGAAAAGAGGCUCAAUAAGGAGGUGGCGCUGCCGCUUCCAAAACAAGUGAAAUUCAUUUCUGAAUCACCUUACCAACAGGUCAACAACAAUGGAACGAACCGAGCCCAAACCCCCGUGUUUGAUGUUGUUCCAAUCUCAUCUUGCUCAAUACCCGGUACAUGCUGCUGUGGUAGCGACUGUAAGUGCGCUGGAUGCGUGGUGCAUGGGAAUGCUCCUGAAAUGCCAGAACAGCCACCACCACUACUUUCAUCUCAAGCAAAUAAUUUGUCUACAAGUCCCUUGGUAAAAGCCAAAACGCUUGUUUUCAGCUCAUAUCCAAAUAAUGUUACAGUCCACAAGGCUUUGCCUAUUGAACUGAAUCAGGAGACAACGAUGUUCAGUCAGCAGCAAUCCGAGUUUGCUCCACAACCUUCUCCGGGUGCAUGUUUAUGUCCUCCUGAUGCCUGUGAUUGCACAAACUGUGAAGUGCAUGGUAUAAUUGAUGGCCACAAGUUGGAUGAAUAUUUUGUCGACCAAGAAAAAUUAUUGAAUGCAUUAGUGUCAGAUUUUGACUUCAAUACGCUCAUGUCGCUAGAUUCUAAUAGAGCACCUGAGCCUAAGCUUGAGUCUAUGGCUGCAUCAAAUAUCUCAACCGGUGGCUGUUGCGGGGAAAAAUCCUCGUCAAGCUCACUACAGUAUCCAGAGAUGCUGCUGCAGACAUUGUGCAACAGUAAUUGGACGGAGUUGCUGAGCUAUCCUAACUACAUCGAUUCUAAUCACAACACCAAGUAG